GCCGCAGCCCCGUGGGUCCCCCAGGGCCGCGCUGGGACCGGCAGAGGCUGCACUCCAGACAUCAGGGAUCCACUGACUCCCCUUCCUGGAAGCCAGGCGUGGGGACGCAACCCUGGGAGCAGCCCCUGACCCCUCAGGAUCUCUGGCCUCCACCCCGCUGGGCCAUCCCAGGCCUGGGCCAGGGUCUGGGGAGUCUGAAGCUGCUUUUCUCCCCAGGACCUGAGGAAUGGCUUCGGGACAAGGUCCAGGUCCCCCCGGGCAGGGCUGCGAUGAGCCUGACCCCUCCUCCACAUCGGAGGAGCAGGUAGCCCGGGAUACCGAGGAGGUCUUCCGCAGCUACGUCUUUUACCGCCAUCAGCAGGAGCAGGAGGCCGAGGGGGCGGCUGCGCCUACUGACCCAGAGAUGGUCACCUUGCACCCAGAGCCUACCAGCACCAUGGGGCAGGUGGGCCGCCAGCUCGCCGUCAUCGGGGAUGACAUCAACCGGCGCUACGACACAGAGUUCCAGGCCAUGCUGCAGCACCUGCAGCCGACGGCAGACAACGCCUACGAGUACUUCACCAAGAUCGCGUCCAGCCUGUUUGAGAGCGGCAUCAACUGGGGCCGCGUGGUGGCUCUGCUGGGCUUCGGCUACCGCCUGGCCCUCCACGUCUACCAGCGUGGCCUGACCGGCUUCCUGGGCCAGGUGACCCGCUUUGUGGCCGACUUCAUGCUGCGUCGCUCCAUCGCCCGGUGGAUCGCGCAGAGGGGUGGCUGGGUGGCAGCCCUGGACUUGGGGAACGCCCCCAUCAAGAACGUAGCCAUAGUUCUGGCUGUGGUUUUGUUGGGCCAGUUUGUGGUACGAAGAUUCUUCAAGUCAUGACUCCUGGAGGGGCCCUUUGGGGUCCUGAGACCCCUGUGUGGACUUUGGCCCCGGCUUGUCCCCUCACCUCCUCUCCAGCAGGGGUGUCCCUCUGCCCCCCAUUAAGAGCACAGAAGCUUUAGUAAGUGGGCACUCCAGCUUUGGAGGGCCCCUGCCCAGGGGCAUCCAUCAGACUGUUGGGUACUCUAACAUUGCAUGGUGCUAACGGGCCCCCUCUCAGAGGGGGGCGGUGGCCUCUCCCUUAGCUCUCUGGGACCCCCUCAGCCCUGUCUGCUCGGUGCUGGGGAGACUGAUAACUUGGGGAAGCAAGAGGCUGGAAACCACUUCUCCCAAGUCGCCGUUAACGAUUUUAGCUUUUUAUAAUACCCUUAGGAGGGCACUCCUCCUUCCCACCACUCUGCCCAAAGCCAGGACGUCUGGGAUGUGGGGGUUAGUAGCUCUACCCUUCCCCAGAAUUCAGCAGUUCUGGGAGGUUGAGCUUGAAAGCUGGGCCUGGAGCCCAGUCCUGGCCCUUCCUAAGCACCACAUUCCCUGGGAACAGGACUGGGGUGGUGGGGCAGGGGACAAGGUGCUGCUCGGCUCCCGCCCAGUCCCUGCUACCCUCUUCCCCACCCCCGGCCGGCCCAUACUGACUUUGCAGGUGGACUCUCAGGGAUUCAGGGUGGGGUGGAGUGGGGUGCAGGCCAGAGCUCCUGAGGGCCUCUGUCCCCCCACGUUACCACUUGCUCCCACUCGUCACUACAAGCGCAGCUCGCCACACACCCCCACUCCAGGUAAGGAAGGGAGGGGUCUCGGCUGAGCACACUGCCCCAGCCCCUACCUCACCUGGACUACAGGGUUUAGGACUGCGGCUUGUCAUUGUCAGGGAAAGGAGGGGUAGGGAGAGCAUCUUGAAGUUUCUGAGUGAGAGAAGGGCUAGAAACACCACUAGGAACCCCAGGGCUGGGGCCCUCCCUUCUGGCCUGGGCACAGUGUAAUCCGGGGGUAUGCACAGGGGAACUGAGAAUACUUGAACCCCACCCCCAACCUCUACCCUCCGCACCCCACACCUGCCUGAGCCCCUCCUGAUGGUGGGGUCAAGUGCCUUGUCUAUCUUGCACAGCUGAGGGAUUCAGAGGUCAGGGGAAAGUUCUUGAUUAAACCAAAUGCAGGGAGGGGAUGCAGAGGGAGCUGCCUGGCCACCUCCCACCCUCUGAGUGUGUCUGAAAAUAAACUGCAACCC